AGGAAGGAAGGAAGGAAGCCACAACUGUGGAUGAGACGGGCAGACUCGUCUUGUUUGGACCAUGAGGAGCCUCUACGUCCGAGUGACCGUGUGUGUCAGAGCUCGGGGCACCUGCGGGUCCAGAAACCUGCUCUGUGGGGUCGCACCGCACAGAGCUCUGUGCAUGGCGGUGGCUCAUGGGAAGCUGGAGGGGAGAAAAGCAGCUGAGAGUGCAGGAGUCAGGAAGAGUGGUGUGCACGGACAGGUGCGGAAAUUUGAGGAGAUCCCAAACACAGGGAGGAGCGGCGUGGUCAACUUGUUGAAGUUCUGGAGAGAAGAUCGUUUCCCGCAGCUUCACAAGCACAUGGAGAGGACCUUCAACACCCUCGGCCCCAUAUACAGGGAGCAUGUGGGCACCCAGAGCAGUGUGAACAUCAUGCUGCCGUGUGACAUCGCUGAGCUGUUUCGCUCAGAGGGUCUGAACCCCCGACGGAUGAGACUGGAGCCCUGGGCGAAACACAGAGAGAUACGCAAGCACAGCAACGGAGUCUUCCUCAAGGACGGCGAGGAGUGGCGAGCGGACCGUCUCCUGCUCAACAAGGAGGUGAUGAUGAGUGCACCCGUGAAGCGCUUUUUCCCCCUGCUUGAUGAGGUUGCAAUGGAUUUCUGCAGAAUGCUGCGGGCGAGAGUGGAGAAGGAGGGGAGAGGGGAGGAGGGGAAACGCAGUCUCACCAUGGAUCCCAGUCCUGACCUCUUCCGCUUCGCACUGGAAGCCAGUUGCCAUGUGCUCUACGGGGAGCGCAUUGGCCUCUUCUCUUCAUCUCCCUCCCUGGAGUCACAGAAGUUUAUCUGGGCUGUGGAGCAAAUGCUGAAAACAACAACUCCUCUCCUCUACCUACCCCUAAGCCUGCUCCUCCUCAUACGCAGCCCCAAGUGGACAGAGCACGCCAGUGCAUGGGACCACAUCUUCAGGCACGCGGAGGCGAGGAUCCAGAAGGGGUACCAGCGGCUGACAUCCUCCAAGACUCGGGAGUCUAAGGCGGGAGCAGCUGGAGGCCAGUACACCGGGGUUCUGGGCCAACUCAUGGAGAAAGGGCAGCUAUCUUUGGACCUCAUCAAAGCCAACAUCACUGAGCUGAUGGCUGGAGGGGUUGAAACGACAGCCGUGCCCCUGCAGUUCGCUCUGUUUGAGCUGGGCCGUAACCCGGAGGUGCAGGAGAGGGUGAGGCAGCAGGCGAGGGCGUCAUGGGCGCAGGCUGGUGGAGAUCCUCAGAAAGCCCUGCAGGGGGCGCCACUACUGAAAGGCACAGUCAAGGAGAUUCUCAGGUUAUAUCCGGUGGGAACCACAGUGCAGCGGUAUCCGAUCAAAGAUAUUGUUCUUCAGAAUUACUGCGUCCCUGCCGGGACGAUGGUCCAGGCAUGUCUUUACCCAAUGGGAAGGAGUCCGGAGGUGUUCGAGGAUCCACUGCGCUUUGACCCCGGCAGGUGGGUCGUCCGCAGAGAGGAAGGCCGAAGAGAAGAGGGGGUGGGGGGCUUUCGCUCCCUGGCGUUUGGGUUCGGGGCGAGGCAGUGUGUCGGGAGGAGAAUUGCUGAGAACGAGAUGCAGCUCCUGCUCAUGCAUAUCCUGCUGAGCUUCCAUCUCAGCGUGCCGUCCUCAGAGGACAUCAAAACCAAAGUCACGCUCAUCCUGCAGCCCGAGACUCCACCAAAAAUCACUUUCAGCAAACUCUGACACAUAAAAACACACAGAGUCAUGCCAUCAACAUUUUUCACACAAUCAUACAAUUUAGCCAACAUAUUCCUGAUGAUACUCACUGAGCCUUUUGCAUCCUCAUAACCUCUGCAUUCAACCCAAGAAUUCACAAUGCUUUAAUGAAUAAAGAGUCAUUUGCACCUCUUCUUGUUUCAUUGUGGCAAAGCUUGCAAAGUCAACAUGAACACUGUGUCCAGCAGAUGGCGCUAAAACUCACACCAGGCCAUUUAUUGACAUUUGACGCGCUAGUCCCUCCUCUCUCUCAGUCUUGGCUCGCUUCAUAUGUCCAACAGGUUGGUGGUUUCCUUUCUGAAAAUCUAAACUUUACAACUUUACAGUUCGGUUUCAAGUGUUUUACUGUGUAAGGGCUGUAUGCAGCAUUUCUUCUGCACCCUGCUGCUUAUGCAACA